AUGGCUCUACCCGGGCCAGGUGAGGCCGGGCCUCAGGACAAGGUGUGCUACCUGCCCGACAGCAACCCCCAGCUGCUGGCUGCUUACUACACGCAUCUCACGACCUAUGGCCACUACAGAAGCACGGUAGCCAGCAAGGAAGAGGGUUUCCAACCCUUCUGGCCACCGGAGGCCGCGGUGUCAGCUGCCCCUGCCAUGCCCCCCUUCGCCUAUCGGAUGGCACCUCCCGUGCUGAACCCCGGCCUGGCUCCCCUGCAGAGGGAGCCGCUCUACGAUGUGUCCUGGUACGCCAAGCAGCCGCCCUUUUACCCGUUUUCCCAGCUCCCCAGGGAGUUUCCACACUUCCUGAACAGCAGCCACGAGGUCGUGGGUGCCAGCAGCGGAGAUUCGGGUCCCGUUGGUGGCCGCGGCGACAGCGCCCAGUGGUGCGGAUCUGAAACCUUAAUUUCGACGGCUCCUGUGGAUGCGUCCGGGUUACCUGAGGGGCUGAAGACGACCUCCCAGUCAUUAUCUUGCUCAUCCAGCCAGCGGCCUGAGGAUGAUCCCGGAUCCUCCAACCAAGAGGGAAAGUCGCCUGGUCCUUUUCACUUCACUGAGAAGGACCUGCACUUGGUUCUGUACGGGGUCACGCCCAGCCUGGAGCACCCAGCCGGCCUGCACCAUGCGAUUUCCGGCCUCCUGGUCCCCACGAGCAGCUCCGGGUCUAAUUCUCUAUCUCACACUGUGGAUAAAGACUCCCUACAACUUCCAGAAGGUCUCUGCCUCAUGAAGACCAUGUUUGGUGAAGUGCCACACUUUGGCGUGUUCUGCAGUAGUUUUAUUGCCAAAGGAAUGAGGUUUGGGCCUUUUCAAGGUAAAGUGGUCAACACCAGUGAAGUCAAGACCUAUGGAGACAAUUCUCUGAUGUGGGAGAUCUUUGAAGAUGGUCAAUUGAGCCACUUUAUAGACGGAAAAGGAAAAGUCGCCUGCCUGGAGCACCCAGCCGGCCUGCACCAUGCGAUUUCCGGCCUCCUGGUCCCCACAAGCAGCUCCGAGUCUGCAGAAAACUUUUGGUGCGAAAGAUGUGGGAGACUGUUUGCCUACAGAGACUACAGAGACAAGCACCUCAAGUACACGCCCUGUGUGGACAAGGGUGACAGGAAGUUUCCCUGUUCUCUCUGCAAACGAUCCUUUGAGAAGCGGGACCGGCUCCGGAUCCACAUCCUUCAUGUCCACGAGAAGCACAGGCCUCACAAGUGUUCUACAUGUGGGAAAUGUUUCUCCCAGUCUUCAAGUUUGAACAAGCACAUGAGAGUCCACUCUGGAGACAGACCGUACCAGUGUGUGUAUUGUACCAAGAAAUUCACUGCCUCCAGCAUACUCCGCACACACAUCAGGCAGCACUCCGGGGAGAAGCCCUUCAAGUGCAAGCACUGCGGUAAAUCUUUUGCCUCCCACGCUGCCCACGACAGCCACGUCCGGCGUUCACACAAGGAGGAUGAGGGCGGCUCUUGUGGCAUCUGUGGGAAAGCCUUCCCAGAUCAAAAAACGUUCUACUCCCACAUGAAGCUUCAUGGAGAUCGCUAG